AUUUACAUGUCAGUGGAACUGGAGGCGAACCAAAGUACGGUGUUAUCAGCCAAUAUCCUGUCGUAAUACCUUUAGAUGAAUUGAAUCUUAAUUCGUAUAGCUCGGCUCGGUCAUUUGAACAGUUCGAACUCGGCUAUGCUAAAUUGGGCCUUAAGAGUUAUGAUGUCAUGAUUGAAUUAACCGCUGGCCGACGUACCGGUCUUCAUAGAUACACAUUUCCUCCUUCUGAUCAUGCUCAUGUCAUCAUUGACUUGACUCAUAUUCUAACACAAGGUUAUGGUUCCCGUUGGAUAAAUGGUGCGAUAUAUUCUGUUUCUCAUAAUCAAGUUAAAGGUAUAGGUCAAUAUACUGGUGGUUGGAACAACGGUGGUCCCUAUAAAGUCUAUUUCUGCUCUCAAUUUGACACAAAUGCUACUGGAUUUGCAACGUUCUGGGAUGAUUCCAUUACUAAUGGUUCGACACAUCAAGUUGGUGGUAAUGAUUUCUCGUUAGGUGCAAUCCUAACUUUCGAUACGUAUAAAAACCCUGUGAUUCAAUCUAGAGUCGGAAUAUCUUUUAUUUCUGCUGAUCAAGCUUGCAAAAGUGCUGAAACGGAAGCACCAGAUUUUGAUUUUGAUGCUACACAACAAAGUGUUGUGGAUGCAUGGGAAAGAGAAUUAUCUAGAAUUAGAGUUGAUGGUGGAUCAACCGAUUUGCAAAAAAUCUUUUACUCUAGUUUAUACAGAACUAUGAUUAUGCCAAGUGAUCGAACCGGUGAAAAUCCAAAUUGGUCAUCUUUUGAUUAUUACGGUAAUCCAAUACCAAAUUAUGAUGAUUUUUAUACUCUGUGGGAUACAUUUAGGACUACAAAUCCACUUUUUACGCUUUUCCAACCAGAACGAGCUGUUGAUAUAGUUCGAUCUCUUAUUGAUAUAUAUGAACAUGUUGGGUAUAUGCCUGAUGGACGAAGUGGAAUGUAUAAUGGUAUAACACAGGGUGGUUCAAAUGCAGACAUGUUGGUGGCAGAAUUAUAUCUGAAAAAAUUAGGAAUGUAUACUAUUGAUUGGAAACUUGCAUACGAGGCGCUAUUGAAAGAUGCAGAAGUCGAUCCAUGGGAGCAAGGUCUUUAUGAAGGAAGGCUUUUUCUUACAAAUUAUAAAGAGCUUGGUUAUAUUCCUUCUCCUGUUCAUCGAAGGACUGCUUACGCUAUUAAUCCAUGCAGCAGAACUUUGGAAUAUUCGGCCAAUGAUUAUUCAAUUGCUCUUAUGGCUAAAGCAAUGAAAAAGUAUGAUGAUUAUAUUAAAUACAAAAAAAGAGCCAGAAAUUGGGAAAAUCUAUGGUAUUCCAACAAGACAUAUAGAGAUGUUAAGGGGUUUAUCUUGCCCAGAUUUCUAGAUGGUACUUUUGAUACUGAAUGGGAAGUUUUGUAUAAAAAUGGUGGUGAAACACCAUUUUAUGAGGGCACGUCUUGGGAAUAUAGCCUUGAUGUACCACAUGAUGUCAAAAGAUUAAUCUCUUUAUCAGGUGGUCCGGAUGCUUUCGACAAACGUCUUGACAAAACCUUUUCAUCUGGUUACUUAUCUUCAUUUUACAAUAUCGGUAAUGAACCUUCAUUUUUCCAUGCUUGUUUAUACCAUUUUAUUGGAAAACAGUAUAAAUCAGUUGAUAUAAUAAGAGAUAUUUUAAGAACACAUUUUAAUAGUGGCAGAGGUGGCAUUCCAGCAAAUAAUUUAUCAAAUGAUAAUAUAUAUGUACAAUCUGCAAAAAUUAAUGGUAUAGAGUGGCAUAAAACUUGGUUUAGACAUAGUGAUAUUGCCAAUGGUGCUAUUUUAGAAUUAGAAAUGGGCAACGAAGUUAGUAAAACUUGGGGUAUUGUUGAUGCAAAUGGAAGUCCUGUGCCAUAUCCACCUAGUUUAAGUGAUGAUAUACAAUAA